AUGUCGAAGGUCCGGGCGGUCGUGCAUGGGCUGUUGACGGUGCUCUUCGUGGCGGGCUUGGUGGUGUUCUUGCUAUUGAGCACGAACCAUGAGUGGCCGUGGAAGGGCAGCUUGCCCAAGGACCCGUUGAAGGCGGCGCAGAAGAUAUUGGAGGCGUCUCCUGUCAUCGAUGGGCAUAUUGAUCUCCCCGAGCUCGUCCGGAUGGUCUACGCGAACAACGUGUCCGCAGUUGACCUGGAGCACGAGAUGCCUGGGCAUGUCGACAUCCCGCGGCUGCGGAAGGGCAGAGUGGGCGGGUUUUUCUGGUCUGUGUACACCGCGUGCCCCGAACACGCGGGGUAUGACGCGGGAGAAGACUUCUUGAAUGCGACCUGGAGGGUUCGGGAUACGCUCGAGCAGAUUGACGUUGCGAAGCUGCUGAUUGACAAGUACCCUAACACGUUCCAACUCGCGCGUUCGUCUCAAGACAUCAAGGACGCAAUUACCGAAGGCAAGAUCGCGUCUCUCCUCGGCGUCGAGGGUGCUCACCAGCUCGGGAAUUCCAUCGCUGUACUCCGACAAUACCAUGAGUUGGGCGUACGAUACGUGACACUCACUCACAUGUGCCACAAUGCAUUUGCGGACUCCUGCGGAUUCCUGGAGGCUCCUGAGCCUCUGCACGGCGGGCUGAGUGAAAUCGGCGUUGCGCUCAUAGCUGAGAUGAACCGGAUCGGCGUAUUGGUUGACCUCUCGCACACAGCGGACGCUACCGCUAAACAAGCUCUCAAGCUCACCAAGGCGCCGGUCAUCUGGAGCCACAGCAGCUCCCGAGCCAUCUGGAACGUCUCCAGGAAUGUACCGGAUGAUGUCCUGGAGCUUGUAGGCUCGGGGGAGAACAAGACGGACGGCGUGGUUAUGGUCAAUUUCGCGCCUUAUUUCGUAGGGGCGGAGGGCAACGCCACUAUUGCGUCUGUUGCUGACCACGUCGAGCAUAUUGCAAAGAUCGCUGGGAAGAAACACGUCGGUUUGGGAAGUGACUACGAUGGCAUCGAAGACGUGCCCAGCGGUUUGGAAGACGUGUCGAAGUAUCCUCAGCUCUUCGCCGAGCUAUACAAGCGCGGCUGGAGCAGAUAUGAUCUCGCGGGCCUCUCGGGCGGGAACCUCCUAAGAGUGUUCGAGGGCGCUGAAGCCGUCGCGAGGAAGCUGCAGCAGGAGGGGACGCAACCUGCGUAUGAUAUCUAUAAGAAGAGGACGGAUAUUGGGAAGAAGCGGGAACUUUGA